AUGGCGCAUCCGCCCCCGCGGAACUGGGCCAUGGCGCCGCCGUACCACUACCACGGGACGUCGCAGCAGGAGCAGGCGGUGCCAGCCGCGGAGGAUGAGAGCGGAGCCGGGUCCGGAGGGCAGGAGGCGGAGUCGAGGUCACUCCGGAUCCGCGAGCUUUUCCCCUGGAUGGACGAGGACUACCUGCGCAGCUGCUUCACCCGCUCGCCCGAGCUUGUGACAGCAGUGAUAACGCGGAACAAGGAGACCAAGCAAUCUGAGGGUUUCGGUUAUCUUACCUUUUCUGACCAUGCCACUGCUGACCAAAUCCUCCAGAGCUACAAUGGCCAGAAGAUGCCUAAUGCUGACAGGGAUUUCAGCCUCAGCUGGGUCCACUAUGCUGGUCCUGAUGAUGAUUGUGCCAUAUAUGUUGGGGGAUUGGGCUUUGAUGUUACAGACUUCAUGCUACACCACGUGUUCAAGAAUCGCUAUCCAUCAGUUAAGAGGGCAAAAGUUAUAUGGGAUUUUUUUGCUAGACGCUCAAAAGGCUAUGGGUUUGUUGUGUUUGGAGAUGUCAAUGAACGCACACAAGCAAUGACUGAAAUGAAUGGAGCAUACUGUUCUUCUAGGCCUAUGCGUAUCGGACCUGCUACCUUCAAGAGUGAUUUUCGUACACAAGGGACAUAUUCUGAUUCUAACCAGAGCAAUAGCAGACUUUUUGUUGGUCAACUUGAUUCAUGUGUGACUGAUGAGGAUCUAGAUAAAGCCUUCAGUCCUUAUGGAGAGCUUACUGUCAAGGUAAUAGAGGGGAAGAACUGUGGCUUCGUCACAUAUUCGAGCAGGGCAUCAGCUGUGGAGGCUAUGACAAUUCUAAAUGGAAGCCAGCUGGGAGAUAAUAUCAUAACAGUUAACUGGGCUCGUCCUGCUCCUAAGAAGCAGGACCAAUGGAAUGGUGUGGACUAUGGACACCCCCAAAGCUCUGGUCCCGGUUAUGGUUGCUGUCACGAGGAUCCUAACAUUCUUGGUUACACAGGCCAUCCUGGAUAUGCAUAUCACCAACAGCAGCAGCCACAGCAGACCCCAGUACAGUGA